GGACAGACCCUGGACCCGACCAGCCAACACCACAACCCUCAAACGAGGACCUUUCCGCCAAGGCGAAGGGGUCGCAACAAUCACACAGAAUCAAAGACCUUGCGCAUACAUUCGUGCAACAGCUCACCCUUGUCCACCUCAGCUUCUUCGAUGGCAUUGGAGCAGCCAGCCUCGCGCUCCGCGCGCUCGGCGUUCACCCGGCACUGACAGUCAGCUGGGAAACAGACCCCGAAUGCAUCAACGUCAUCGACGAGCAUUUCCAACCAAUACAUAUGGGAGACAUCAACGACUUCAACAUCGAGAGGCUGAUCGACACACUGCUGGACAAUCUGGAUCCGAACAUCCCGAUCACCAUCCUGAUCACAGGCGGACCACCUUGCCCAGAUUUCUCCGGCAUCCGAGCGAACCCGUCCGACACAGCAGGAACAACAGGCCACCUCUUCCAGAUGUUCGUGCAGAUCGUUCAACAGAUCAAGCAA